AUGUUUUCCUAUCCGACGCCUCGGGCACCCCGGCCACCAGGCCACCUUUUCCGUGUAGUAAAGACACUCUCGAAAGAUAUUUCUAUAACAGGAACAUAUCUGUGCAUAUCACGCGACCUUGGUUAUUCCUUCGAGCCCACUACAGACAUUGAUGAAGAGCUGUUCACACGAUGCGCUCCAAUUGCAGCUGCGUUCAAGACGAUAGUCGGAAACUCUCGACUACAGCAACAGCUCUCUCUGCUCGAGUACAAGAGGCUGCAAGACGUGCUAUACCAGAAUAUUCAGGGAAAUGGCGUAACAGCACUGGGCGAAAAGCAGGCCAAGAUGCUACCGCAGCUGGUGGUAGUCAAAAUGGCCAGGGAGAAAGAGAGAGUUCGCAGAGAAGUCGAGGCCAUAGAGGAGACACAUAGAAGAGGGGGGGAAGUUACCACAUUACAUGUUGGAUCAUGGGUGUUGCGGUCCCAGCAUACUGAAGAGCCAGAGACUUCGUUCAUGGUGCUGCGGGCUAUUUUUGGGCCUACGCUGGCGCAGUUUGGUGAAGGCAGCAAGCAGUUUAAGAGCGGUGGGAUUCCAGACUGGUUCGUGGCGCAUAUAUGUAUUGGCCUGGUUGAUGCGGUCGAGUUCUUGCAUGCGCAAGAUAUGGUGCAUGGGAAUAUUGAGGCCUCGAAUGUGAUGCUGAGUUUGUACCCCGUGUACAUGCAUCAUCGGUAUCGCGGAUAUCCAGAUGUGCAGCUCAUAGGCUUUUCGGCGUGCGCAUCCACAGCAGAGAAGAAUGAGGUGCUGGAUGUCCAAAGUGUGCUUGCGGUCGUGGAAGAGGUGAUUACCAAGUGGAGCGACGUUGCUUCGGAUUUUAGUUCUACAGGGAGUGACCUGAGUUAUGGCAGAGAGGGACAGGAUCUACGAGCAUUGCUACUGGCUCAGAUUAAGAGUGCCACUGGAGCGGCUGCCGAAGGGUCUCUGGACGUGCAGUACUUACGAAAUGCAUUGCUUGGUACAGCGCAAGACAUGCGACACGAGGGUCCGGAAACAAUACCUAGAGACAUGAUGAGAUUGCUUCAUGCAGAUCUAGCAACGGCGGCAGAGCUUGAGCGUGUGAUGAGAGACCCAGUUGUUAUCAGGUUCAUGGCUCGGAAGGAAGGGCUACGCAGUAUCGUCGAAGAUGUGCCUUUUAUCAUGGAUGGGAUGAAUGCGGGCAUGAAGACACAGCGAAUCCUAGUGGUGAGGUUUAGAAGCAAGAAGUUGGAGUUUCUUAGGGCGAUGGGAGAAGAGGACGCAGAAGGAGAGACGGACGAUGAGAUGAUUGACGAUAGCCUAAUGCAGGCGAGACUCUUGGGUGACUGGAUGUGUGGAGAAGAGGACGCAGAAGGGGAGACGGACGAUGAGAUAAUUGGGAUGCGUGGAGAAGAGGACGCAGAAGGGGAAACGGACGAUGAAAUGUUUGACGCUAGCCUAAUGCAGGCGAGGCUCUUGGGUGACGGGAUGCGUGAUUAG